CUUCAUUUUAUCUCUUCUCAUAGUCUUCUUUACCCUGUUCGUUCUUUGCUUACUCCACAUAGGAAGAAUUGUAAGAAUCUCUUGCUUUGGUCGGCAAAAAAUACAAGUUUAAUGGCGAAAAAAGUAACCUCUGUCGCGCUCCACGCGAAGAAGAAGAAAAAUCCCAUACAAAAGAACAUCGGAAAAACGAAAAAACUGGGAAAAGUACUCGAGAAUGUCUUCAACUACAUGAAAUCUGAUACCUACAUGUUCGCGCCUUUAAUAUCGCCUCACCCAUUUUAUCCCACACCUUCCCCUGAUUCUUUUGGAGGGUUUGACCAGAAAGAGAAGAAGAAAUUAGGAGAGAGUGUUAAGGAGUAUUUGAAGAGCAAUUGCUAUAUGUACGCCUCAAUUGCUUCGGCUAGCCCUCUUAAAGGCCAUGAAUGUGAGGAAAAGGUGGACAUAAAUAACACUGGUAAUCAGACAGAAUCAAGAGUGGAGGAACUUAAUAAACAAACCGAUAGCACCAUGAACAAGUGUAGAGAGAUUGAGAAUGGAGAAAUCCCUAAUCGGACUAACCGAGUAGUGGUCAAACACAACCUGCUGCAUAGGGAAACCGUGAAGCACGUUGUUCAUCAGAAUUGUCGAGCUCCUUUUGGCCCAGAAAAAGUGUCGCCGCAGAAAAAGGGCCGUCGGGCUCUUGAGGUGGAAUGAGACUUAUUGAGAAACCACACACAACUUGACUUGGGUAUGUAGUUGAUUAGUAGAUAAGUAUAGAAGUUUUAGAAGUUGUUAGGUUAGGAUUUCAGUUUGUUUCUGUGCAUAUGUUGUUUGCAGAUGUUAAAAUUAGCAGCUUUUAUAUUCCUUAGCAUGCAUUUCUCCUUUUUCCUUUUGUUUUGCUGUUUCUUAUGGAUUGAUUUUGAUGGUUAAUCAAUUUAUUUCUAAGUUUAUAUGUUCAA